UUUGUCUUCUCAGUAAUCCCAGAACCUGAAAACAACAGGAAGAUGUCUUAUUGAGAAAGACCCCUUUCAACUUGACCAUGAGUCAAAUAAGGAAGAAAAAUUCCUCAGAUGGAGAAACUAAACCCCGGACUUCAUUUAUCAACAUAUUCUUCAAAAGCUCAAAACGCAGGCCUUCCAAAGAUGAAAGCAGAAAAAAGAGCAAUGGCAUUGAAGUUGCUGAUUUCCAACCCAGCGAUGACACACAGAAAACAGAAAACAUCUUAGAUACUGCUGAACCUCCCACUUCAGAAAUGGAGUUGGGAUCCAGAAUGGAGAAAAAUGAACAGUUCCUGCAGAAGCUGGGCAGAAAGGCUGUCAGCAAGUGUCUAGAUCUGAAUAACUGCAGACUAACGACCGAGGACGUGGCGGAAGUGGUUGCUCUGCUGCCUCUUCUCCCAGACUUGGAAAAACUGGAUAUUUCCUGGAAUGAUCUUGUAGGCGGAACCCUCCAGUCAGUCACCCAGCGAAUGCACCUCAUCAGCCAGUUAAAAGUCCUGAGGCUGGGAAGUUGCAGGCUUACCACUGAUGAUGUUCAAGCACUGGGAGUAGCAUUGGAUGCGAUACCUGAGCUAGAAGAGCUGAACUUGUCCUGGAACAGUAAAGUGGGAGGGAACUUGCCUCUCAUCCUCCAGAAGGUCCAAGAAGGGAGCAAGAUACAAACACUUGAGCUUGUGGAUUGCGACCUUACACCGGAAGAUGGGGCAUUUAUGGGUCAGUUGCUACCCAUAAUGCAAAAUCUUGAAGUCCUUGAUCUUUCUAUUAACAGAAACAUUGGUAGCAGUCUACACAGUAUUGCUCAGGGAUUAAAAAGCACUUCAAAUCUGAAAGUACUGAAGUUACAUUCAUGUGGACUAUCGCAAAAGAGUGUCAGAAUAUUGGAUGCUGCUUUUAGUUACUUGUGUGAACUGAGGAAAUUAGACCUUUCCUGCAACAAGGAGCUGGGUGGAGGUUUUGAAGACUCAUCAGCUCCAUUGGCUGUGUUGGGGCAUCUAGAAGUCCUGAAUCUUCACCAGUGCUCGCUGACGGCAGACGAUGUGGUGUCACUGACCCAGGUAAUCCCUUUACUCUCGAGUCUUCAAGAGUUGGAUUUAUCCGCCAACAAAAAGAUGGGUGGCUCCUCGGAAAACCUACUCAGCCGGCUCCGGUUUUUACCAGCCCUGAAGUCCUUGCUCCUCAACAACUGUGCUUUGCAAAGUGAGACGUUUACUGCCCUCGCUGAAGCCUCCGCUCACCUUGCUCUGGAAGUAUUCGACCUUUCUUGGAAUAAAUGUGUUGGUGGCAACCUGAAGCUGCUCCUGGAAUCACUAAAGUGCUCAGAGUCCCUUCAAGUGCUGAGACUGAGCAGCUGUUCCCUGGUGACAGAGGACGUGGCUCUCCUGGCAUCGCUAAUACAGACGGGUCAUCUGGCCAAGCUGCAGAAGCUUAUCCUGAGCUAUAAUGAUAGUAUCUGUGAUGCAGGAUGGGCCAUCUUCUGCCAAAACGUGUGGUUCCUCAAAGAGUUAACUGAGCUGGACAUCAGCCUUCGGCCAUCAACUGCUCGGGACUGUGGACAAUGGUUUGGACACUUGUUAUGUGCUGUCACCAAACUUCCCAAGAUCACGGACAUAGGAAUGAAAAGGUGGAUCCUCCCUGCUGCACAGCAGGAAGAACUAGAACAUUUUCACCAAGAUCACAGACGUGGCAUUCACUUUGAGCUUGGUGAAUUUCAGGAAGCUGAUUUCCCAAAGCUAAACUAA